CUUCGGAUCUUUCAAAAACCAUUGUGGUGAAGAUGAAUCACUUCUCUGAUUCGUGAUUUUAUGUUACUCAAUCUAUUUCGCGUCUUGUACUCACCGAUCUUUAUCGAAUUUUGGUGUGGAUUCAAGCUUCUCAAAUGGAAUUCGAGACUCACGAAGAUGCGUAUUUGUUCUACAAAGACUACGCCAAAUCCGUUGGAUUCGGAACUGCGAAAUUGAGUAGUCGAAGAUCAAGAGCUUCAAAGGAAUUCAUCGAUGCAAAAUUCUCUUGCAUACGCUAUGGAAGCAAACAACAAUCUGAUGAUGCGAUAAACCCUAGAGCUUCUCCUAAAAUCGGAUGCAAAGCAAGUAUGCAUGUAAAACGAAGACCAGAUGGGAAAUGGUACGUUUACAGUUUCGUCAAAGAGCAUAAUCACGAGCUUUUACCAGAGCAAGCUCAUUAUUUCCGGAGCCAUAGAAACACAGAGCUUGUGAAAUCCACUGAUACUCGUCUAAGGAGGAAGAAGAACAGUCCGUUAACUGAUUGCAAACAUCUCAGUGCUUAUAACGAUCUUGAUUUUAUAGAUGGUUAUAUGAGGAAUCAACAUGAUAAAGGAAGGAGACUUGUUCUUGAUACUGGUGAUGCAGAGAUUUUGCUUGAGUUUCUUAUGCGUAUGCAAGAAGAGAAUCCCAAGUUUUUUUUCGCUGUUGAUUUCAGUGAAGAUCAUCUUCUGAGGAAUGUGUUCUGGGUUGAUGCUAAAGGGAUUGAAGAUUAUAAAAGUUUUAGUGAUGUGGUUUCUUUUGAGACAUCUUAUUUCGUGAGUAAAUAUAAAGUACCAAUAGUUCUUUUUGUUGGAGUUAAUCAUCAUGUACAACCUGUGUUGCUUGGAUGUGGAUUGCUUGCAGAUGAUACAGUUUACACUUAUGUUUGGUUGAUGCAAUCUUGGUUAGUGGCAAUGGGUGGUCAAAAACCUAAAGUUAUGCUUACUGACCAAAACAAUGCUAUUAAAGCUGCAAUUGCUGCGGUUUUACCGGAAACUCGCCAUUGUUAUUGCUUGUGGCAUGUGCUGGAUCGGCUUCCUAGGAAUUUGGAUUAUUGGAGUAUGUGGCAAGACACUUUCAUGAAAAAGUUGUUCAAAUGUAUAUACAUGUCAUGGUCUGAGGAGGAAUUUGAUAGGAGGUGGUUGAAAUUGAUAGACAAGUUUCAUCUUAGAGAUGUUCAGUGGAUGCGUUCUUUGUAUGAGGAGCGUAAGUUCUGGGCACCUACCUUUAUGAGGGGAAUAACAUUUGCGGGGUUAUCAACACGUUGUCGUUCAGAAAGUGUGAAUUCUUUGUUUGAUAGGUAUGUUCACGCUGAAACCUCGCUUAAAGAGUUCUUAGAAGGAUAUGGGCUAAUGCUAGAAGAUAGGUAUGAAGAGGAAGCGAAAGCAGAUUUUGAUGCUUGGCAUGAAGCACCUGAGUUGAAAUCUCCAUCACCUUUUGAGAAGCAAAUGUUACUUGUAUACUCCCAUGAAAUAUUCAGGAAAUUCCAACUUGAGGUUCUGGGUGCAGCUGCUUGUCACCUUACCAGGGAGAGUGAGGAAGGGACAACUUACAGUGUCAAGGACUUUGACGACGAUCAGAAGUAUUUGGUGGAUUGGGAUGAAUUUAAGUCUGAUAUUUACUGCUCUUGCCGUUCCUUUGAGUACAAGGGAUAUCUCUGUAGACACGCAAUUGUUGUCCUCCAAAUGUCGGGUGUUUUCACCAUUCCGAUAAACUAUGUGUUGCAAAGAUGGACGAAUGCAGCUAGAAACAGACAUCAGAUCAGUGGAAACCUUGAACUUGUGCAGUCUAAUAUCCGCCGUUUCAAUGAUCUUUGCCGCCGAGCCAUUAUAUUGGGAGAAGAAGGAUCUCUUUCCCAAGAAAGUUAUGACAUCGCCAUGUUUGCAAUGAAAGAAGCUUUUAAGCAAUGUGCUGUUAAGAUUACUACCAUCGAACAUCCCGUCAGGUGUGAAGAAGCUGCAAUUCAAGCAGGACAUCCUGUCCAGGAAGAAAAUCAAUAUGGAUCCACAUCGAAUCAGAUUGGACCCGAAGCUAACAUACAUGCAGGCAAUGUUCCAUGGCAAGCUGAAACCAGAAGGGAGAAGAGAAGUAGCCUAAGCAAUACAUCUAAAAAGGCAAAGCAUGUGGCUCAAUCUGAAACUGGUGGUGAGGGAAGCCAAGAAGGAUUUCAGCAUGUGGCUGCUCCAAGACAGUCACAGGUGGUAUUGGCAGGGCAAUUUCACAACACAAUGCCAGGAGGCCAUGAUCAGUGUGAGUCACGAAACAAGCCUGGCCGAUUCAAUGAGGCAUUUUAACAUUAUUGAACGUAUGAUCACAAAAACUCAUUGUCUAUCCUCAUCAAGUCAUGUCUUCAGGUUCUUACCUACUGAUAUGUGUUGUCAGGCGCUUCUUUCUCCUGAUUAUUUGAGCCAUUAGAGCCUUUAAGGGAAGAGAACUGGUGGCAUAAGAUUGAGAGUUUCCAUGUAAACAUGUAAAGGGCUUCCUUUUUAGCUUGAGGAAUAAAAACAGGGCUUUCUG